AUGCCGGCAGCGGCGGGGGACGGGCUCCUGGGCGAGCCGGCGGCGCCGGGGGUCAGCGGCGGCGAGGACGCGGCCAGGCCGGCGGCGGCCUGCGAGGGAAGUUUCCUGCCCGCCUGGGUGAGCGGCGUGCCCCGCGAACGGCUCCGUGACUUCCAGCACCACAAGCGCGUGGGCAACUACCUCAUCGGCAGCAGGAAGCUGGGCGAGGGCUCCUUCGCCAAGGUGCGCGAGGGGCUGCACGUGCUGACUGGAGAGAAGGUGGCCAUCAAAGUCAUUGACAAGAAGAGAGCCAAAAAGGACACCUAUGUCACCAAAAACCUGCGGCGUGAGGGACAGAUCCAGCAAAUGAUUCGUCACCCCAACAUCACUCAGCUCCUCGAUAUCUUAGAGACUGAAAACAGCUACUACCUGGUCAUGGAGCUGUGUCCCGGGGGCAACCUGAUGCAUAAGAUCUAUGAGAAGAAGAGGCUGGAGGAGUCAGAAGCCCGCAGAUACAUCCGGCAGCUCAUCUCUGCAGUGGAGCAUCUGCACCGGGCCGGGGUGGUCCACAGGGACUUGAAGAUAGAAAACUUGCUACUAGAUGAAGACAAUAAUAUCAAGCUGAUUGACUUUGGUUUGAGCAACUGUGCCGGGAUCCUGGGCUAUUCUGACCCUUUCAGCACACAGUGUGGCAGCCCCGCCUAUGCUGCGCCAGAACUGCUCGCCAGGAAGAAAUACGGCCCCAAAAUUGAUGUCUGGUCCAUAGGUGUGAACAUGUAUGCCAUGCUGACGGGGACCCUGCCUUUCACAGUGGAGCCUUUUAGCUUGAGAGCUUUGUACCAGAAGAUGGUGGACAAAGAAAUGAACCCCCUCCCCACCCAGCUCUCCACAGGAGCCAUCACCUUCCUGCGCUCUCUGCUGGAACCGGACCCUGUGAAGAGGCCAAACAUUCAGCAGGCGCUGGCGAAUCGCUGGCUUAAUGAGAAUUACACAGGCAAGGUGCCCUGCAACAUCACCUACCCCAACAGGAUCCACCUGGAGGACCUAAGCCCAAGCGUGGUGCUGCACAUGACUGAGAAGCUGGGCUUCAAGAACAGUGAUGUGAUCAACACUGUGCUCUCCAACCGUGCCUGCCACAUCCUUGCCAUCUACUUCCUCUUGAACAAGAAGCUGGAGCGCUACCUGUCUGGGAAAUAUGACCUCCAGGACAGUGUCUGCUACAAGACCCAGCUCUAUCAGAUAGAAAAGUGCAGGUCCACCAAGGAGCCCUAUGAGGCCUCCCUGGACACCUGGACGAGAGACCUUGAGUUCUAUACUGUGCAGGAUAAAAAGCCCAAAGAACAGGAGAAAAGAGGAGAUUUCCUUCAUUGGCCAUUUUCCAAGAAGUUGGACAAGAACCUGCCCUCACAGAAGCCAGCCAACGGCUCCGUCAUCACACAGAUCCAGAACACCAAAGCAGUCCUCCGGGACCGGAAGAACCCCAAGCCUGGUUUCCCUGACAAAGAUUCCUUUGGCUGCCGCAGUAUUUUCCGAAAAGCUUCUGAUUCCAGUUGUGUGGCUUCUUCUUCCAUGGAGUUCAUUCCUGUCCCGCCUCCCAGGACCCCCAGAAUUAUGAAGAAACCAGAGCCCCAUCAGCAAGGGCCCACAAGCGUGGGUGUCUCCCCCAGGGAGGACCCCCUGAUGCUGGAAAUGGUGCGCUCCUUCGAAUCUGUGGAUCGCGAUGACCCCACAGAGCUGCUGUCCCCGUCUCCUCACUACAGGAUCUUAAACUCUCCCGUGAACCUUGCUCGCAGAAACUCCAGCGAGAGGACGCUCUCCCUGGUCCUGCCACCUGGAAGCACGUCGCCUGUUCACACUCCUACACACCCUACUCUGGUCUCCUUUGCUCACGAUGACAAGAACAGCCCCCCUAAAGAGGAGGGUCUGUGCUCCCCACCCCCAGUCCCUGGUAACGGCACCAGCCAGCCUCUGGGGAGCCCAAAUUGUGUGAAAAGCCGAGGCAGGUUUCCUAUGAUGGGCAUCGGGCAGAUGCUGAGGAAGCGGCACCAGAGCCUACAGCCUUCGGGGGACAGGCUCCUGGAGGCCAGCACACCCCCGCUGCAGCCUCUGACUCCUGUGAGCCUCUCCUUUGACAUGGCUGAUGGCGUCAAAAGCCAGUGUUGA